AUGCCUCCAGUCCGUACUGCACGCGCCUCGAGAAAGGCACCGCCCGAAGGCUUCGAUGACAUUGAGGAUACGCUCCUGGAAUUCCAGAACAAGAUGAAGGACGCCGAGAACGCCUCACACGAGGGCAAGAAAAAGUACGAAAUGACAUGGCCCAUCUUCCAGAUUGUCCACCAGCGCUCGCGCUACAUCUACGACUUGUACUAUGAGAAGGAGGCCAUCAGCAAGCAGCUCUACGACUAUCUCCUCAAGAACGGAUACGCAGACGCCAUGUUGAUUGCCAAGUGGAAAAAGCAAGGAUAUGAGAAGCUGUGUUGCGUACGUUGCAUCCAAACCAAAGAGACAAACUUCCGCUCGACCUGUAUCUGCCGUGUUCCAAAGGAUGCGCUCAAGGAGAACCAGGACAUCCAGUGUGUGAACUGCGGCUGCCGAGGAUGCGCCUCUAGUGACUGA